AUGACAUCAAUAGCAGAGGGACUUUUCAAGUCUCUUCCGAAGCCAAAAUACACCGGUGAAGAGGAGGAGCUGCCUCAGCACGCGCAGCCCCGUGGUCCGCGGGUGGUUGGCGCCGACCAGAUUGAUGAGACGCAAGUUGUGUUAAGGAGAACCGGCCCCCCUCCAUACGGAAACCGAACAGGAUGGCGCCCUCGCUCAGCCGAAGACUUCGGCGACGGUGGCGCGUUCCCCGAGAUCCUAGUCGCCCAAUACCCCCUCGACAUGGGCCGUAAAGGCACGGCCUCAAAAUCGAAUGCUCUGGCGGUGCAAGUCGACGCGGAAGGAAAAGUGAAAUACGAUGCGAUCGCUCGCCGCGGCCACAGUGACGACCGAGUCGUGCAUGCGUCGUUCAAGGAUCUGAUCCCACUGCGCCAGCGGGUGGAUAUGGGCGAGGUUUCGCUGGACAGGCCAUCGGAGGAAGAGGUGAAUGAGCAGAUGGAGAAGACGAAGAAUGCGCUGGCGAAUCUGGUCGAGGGGGCUGUGGCGGCACAGAAGCCUAAGAAUGUGAGAGGGGGUAAGAGGGCUGAGCCGACAUUUGUGAGGUACACGCCGGCGAAUCAGAUGGGGGAUUCGUCGUCGGGGAAUGGAAGUGGGAAGAACGAUCGCAUCAUGAAGAUCGUGGAGAGACAGCAGGAUCCGAUGGAGCCGCCGAAAUUCAAGCACAAGAAGAUUCCUCGUGGACCGCCGUCGCCGCCCCCGCCUGUUAUGCACUCGCCGCCUAGGAAGUUGACGGCGGAGGAUCAGGAGGCAUGGAAGAUCCCGCCACCUGUAUCGAAUUGGAAGAAUCCCAAGGGUUACACGGUCCCACUGGAUAAGCGUCUGGCCGCGGACGGGCGUGGCCUACAGGAUGUCACGAUCAAUGACAAAUUUGCCCAGUUUGCCGAGGCGCUGUUUACGGCAGACCGACAUGCUCGUGAGGAGGUCCGGCUACGUGCGCAGAUGCAACAGAAGCUGGCGGAGAAGGAGAAGGCGCAGAAAGAAGAGCAUCUGCGGUCGCUGGCCCAGAAGGCCCGAGAGCAGCGAGCGGGGUCUAAUGUUGGCGGCACAGCUCGCCGUGAGGCACGAUCUCGAUCUCGCUCUCGAUCCCGCAGCAUCAGCCGUAGUCCGUCUGCUUAUUCGUCACGGUCGGCCACGCCUGGCGAGGACGAAUCAGCAGCUCGUGAGCGAGAGCGCAUGCGUCGUGAACGCCGCCAGGAUGCAGAGCGGCAGCUUCGGCAAUCGCGCAUGGGCACUGAGCGGCGGAUCCAGCACAUGGCGCGUGAACAGAACCGUGAUAUCUCGGAGAAGGUGGCGCUGGGGCUGGCGAAGCCCACUCAAUCCUCGGAGGCGAUGUGGGACUCCCGAUUGUUUAAUCAGACGAGCGGCCUGAGCGCAGGUUUCAAUGAGGAUAACCCAUACGACAAGCCGUUGUUUGCGGCGCAGGACGCGAUCAACAGCAUCUACCGGCCACGGGCACAGGUGGAUGUGGAUGAUGAGGAGUCUGCGGAUACAGAGAUGAGCAAGAUUCAGAAGUCAAGCCGGUUUGAGGUGUUGGGCAAGGCAAAGGAGGGAUUCCGGGGUGCUACAGAUGAGGCACGUGAAGGUCCCGUGCAAUUCGAAAAGGAUACAGCCGAUCCUUUUGGCAUCGACAGCAUGAUCGCAGAUGUGACAGGAGGCGCAGGACAGAAGCGCUAUGGCAUUCAGGAAGCCAACCAAGAAGACCGCGGAUCGAAGCGGGCGCGAGUGGAUGACGAUUAA